UGCUUCAACAUAGGUAACUUACCUUGCGCGCAUACGAUUCUUAUCUCUCAUUUACUUUUAAUGCACGAUUAAUAAACCGCUUACAAUGCGGCAUUUGUACCAGGUGCUCAGCCACCUACUCUUCGCCAGCCUGGCGCGUGCCCAGUUUGGGGUUCAGAAUGAUAGGUCAGUUCUCGGUAUUAACAAUGAGUUCUCAGGUGUUUGUUACACAUAUGUUUCGGUCUAUCCAGUCCUUGCCGAUCCCGAUUAUAUCACCAUCACAAAGCCCUACAGAGGCUCAGUAACAACGCAGUAUACUGUUCCACCGCAGGGCGACGAGCCUGGUAUUGUUAUUGUUGAACAACCAGGCGGUUCUUCGGCGCCAGAGAAUGUAGUCAUCCCUGCGACGGAUGAUAGGUCUUAUGUUAUUAUUAUUAGACCGCAUUCAGGGCCGAAUCCGAUUUCUGCGCCUAUUACGCAGGUUGUUCCGCCGAGGAGUGGACAGCCGGGGCAGAUUAUUAUUGAGACGCCGGAGGCGCGGGUUGAUGAUGCAACGCCGGGUGUGUUGCAGCCUCUUAUGCUUGAGCCGAAGGAGUUGAGUGGUUAUGUGACGGUUCUUCAACCACUGACCGGAACAUUGGCGUCGCUGCAACUAAUUACGAUUUCACCGACUGGAACGAACCGUGGAUCGGUCAUCAUUAAUGUCCCCACAUCAGCACUCAAUGGGGGAAGCCUACAAGGCCUUACUCUCGAACCUGCACAAGAUGGCGACUAUGUCACUGUGAUUGAACCGGCGGGUACAGCCUUCAGCGGAACUGUCCCAAUUCGACUAACAGUACCACCGAGCAAUGGAAACCCUGGUACUGUAAUCAUCCAAACACCUGUACCAGGAACUCUGAGGCCAUUGGCCCUUGAGCCUUUGACCCCUAACACACUGGGUGCUUUGGGACUCGCUGGUCAAACGAUCACACUCCAACCGGCCUAUGCGACCGGCUACGUGACUAUCAUCGAGCCGGCCGAAGGAAGUGUCACUCCGACAGCACCUAUACGAACUACCAUUCCACCGACUGGUACCAAGCCCGGAACUGUACUCAUACAAACACCACCGGGUUGGAAUGAUGGGGGAGAUGGAACGGCUUUCCAACCGACGCGAACCCGUCCGCAAGGUUCGGUAUCUUAUACGACUAUUACUCGUGGUGUACCCAUGGGACUUGGUGGCUCAGGAAGCGGUUCUGAUGGCGGGUCAAAUGGAGGAUCAGGGCCUGGGGAUGGCUCUGGCGAUGUCCAGGGCCAACCAGGUCAAGGUGGCGACGAUGAUUCAGGACCGCGACAGACGCUUACUAUUCCACCUGAGGGCGGAAACCCCGGUACUGUCCUUGUUCUGACACCUGAAGACCCCAAUAAUCCGCAGACUGGCAACAACGGUGGCGGCGAUAAUGGUGCCCAGGCUACUGGAGGAUUUAGUGGCGGGAACCAAGGUAGUUCAGGUGGUGGUUCUGGCUCAUCGAGCGGCGGAAAUGGCCAGAAUGGAAGUGGAGGGAGCUCCAACAAUGGAGGAUCUGGAGGUGCAUCCAACAGCGGGAGUGGUAGCUCACCUGGACAAGGAGGCAGCUCCAGCAAUGGGGGUUCCUCUGGAACUAACGAGGUCCCUGCAAAAGGCGAUGGUCAGGGUUCCGGCUCUGGAUCGGGAGGCGAUGAUGGUGACGGUGCAUCAGGCAGCGGAGGAUCCUCAGGGUCAAACAACGGCAAUAACUCUGGCAACGGCGGAUCAUCAAGCUCUGGUGGAUCUCAUACCGCCGGAAGCGGUGGCUCGGGAGGAACCCAAGGCGGAGCUCAAGGUGGUUCCGAUAGUGAGGGCGGCCAGGGUGGCAGUGGUACACGAUCUGCUGGCUCUUCUUCAAGCACCAAGGGCGCUUCUAGUGGUGGCUCUGGAGGUAAUGAUGGACCAACAUCGGGAGAUACUGAGUCUGAAGGCGGUGGCUCAGAGGGCGGCUCAGAUUCUGGCAAUGGAAGCUCUGGUGGUACUGGAUCGACUAAUGGCGGUAAAGGUUCCAGCGGAGAUGGAGACGGUGACUCUGGAUCAGGAGGAAAUAAUGCUGGAGGAGGAGCAAAUGGUGGUUCGGGUCAGUCAUCUUCAUCGCGAAGAGGGAGUACUUCUCGGCGUUCAAGCACUCGAGCACCAAUCGUUCGAACAUCGCCUUCGACCUACGUUGUUACAUCCAGCAGCACUGUAUUCACCAUUACCGCUGAUGUCGUCGAGACUCUCACCAAUGUCGAACCUCAGAGGACUCGUCGAUCAACCAUCAGCGGCCGUCUCACAGCUGGAGUCGAAGGGCUAGGUGGCGGUGGAACUGCAGCUACCGAUAGAACGACAUUCAGACGCCCUUCAAACAGCCGGUCUACAGGGUCUGCGGCCGGUACUGCUGGCGGAGCUGCUUCUGGAGUCGAGUCUGAUUCCCCACAAACUACACAGGCUCCUGGAAGUCCUUCAAGUACUAGACGAGCUGGUGCUUCAUCAAGCUCGGGUUAUACUGGUACAGUAGACACGCGCGUUCGUCCUGGAGGUAGUGGUCUGACCUCUACGCGCAGCAGGACUUCGACUUCAGGACAAGUUUCUCGAUCUUCAAAUGGAGAGACUACUAUUGUCGAUAGUGGUCCUGUCGUAACAAAUGAUCCUGGCUCUGAUGCAGAGGAAGCUACGUCAUCUGCCGGAAACGCUGCCCAGAGCUCAUCUACCCGCUCGGCCCAAAGGUCAAGUGCCUCUCAAUCCACUAGUGCGCAAAGGCCUGUUGCAGCAACUUCUUCGUCAGGUACUCGUUUCACUGCGAGACCAGCUGUCAUAUCGACUAACCCUGGUGAUGAUGAAGCUGGAGGAACAUCGCAGGCCUCACAGAGAAGUAGCAGGGCUACUAGCUCAGUAUCGGGCGUUGUCGAAGGUGAACCUGGAUCAACUGCGGCAGGGAACAACGGCGGUGCCGCUUCGGAAGACGAUGAGGCGACAUCACAGGCAUCACGAGCUUCCAGUGGAUCACAGUCAACCAGCGCUGUUGGCGCAGGCUCUUCAUCAGUCUCAGCAAGAUCUAGCGCUGCAACAUCUGGAGGCACAUCACCUGGUGCAAACACCAGAGAUAGCGGUAGCUCGUCAACAUCAGGAGCCGCAGCCGGAUCCUCAGGGUCUAGAACUUCAACUGCGUCGCCCGAUGGUUCAUCUGUGGCGGAUGCUGGAAGCUCCCAGUCUGAUGCAGCUCGGGGCUCGAGCACAGGUACAUCAGUAGUGUCGCAGGCUACAGGCCAGAGCUCAAGUGCCUCAAGAACAAGUGAAGAGAUCAACUUUGAGACUCUAAUUGGUACCCAGAGUGUUCCAGAGUCAGAGCGUGUGGAACAACCUGGUGAGACGUCGACUCGCUCGGCGACAAGCAGUGGUGCCGGAUUGACAGGCCAGCCAGCUGCAGGAGUUGGAGGCUCAACCACUGCUGGGUCAAAUUCACAAACUACAGCUAUUGAUGUUGAUGAUGACGCGACGACAUCUAGUGGAGAGUCGCUCGCUGGAGGACCUGCAGCUGGUGCUACGUCUGGAAGUGCGGGCGAGAGCUCUGUGAGCGACGACUCUGAUGCUGAGACCUCCGCCGCUUCUAGAGAUCCUGGCUCUGAGACGGCAUCUGAUGAUGCUCGCGAGACAGGAGAUGCUACUGGUACUGCUCAAUCUGAGGAUGGAGACACCAGUUUGAUCUCUCCCCAAGUGCCAGUUCCCACCGAUCCAUUGCCAGAGACCGAAUCCAGCAGUCAGUCACUCACGGGCGGAGUCGAAGGCAUACCCGCCAUGAGUGACUUAUCGUUUGAGUCUCCUGAGCUACCACUGCCGACUGCGGUAUCAACUGGCCCCCUUCCUGACUCUAAUCUGCUAUCUACAGCAACCGAUGAGGAGUCCUCGGGUGCAACACAAGGAUUCGAAGUCCCUACUGGUUCGCAAGCUGCGCCAUCAUCAGAUGGCGGCCUUGACCCUGGCUCGGGAGAGACUGGUACAGAUGGGCCCACUGGCACUGAGACUUCUGAGCCUGAUGCUGCUUCGAACUCGUCGAGUGACGAAGCGUCUGAGACAGGAUCUGCAGAUCCGGAUGAGACUAGCACUGGAGCUUCUACAGAGCCAUCGCAGAGUGGCUCGUCAGGUGAUGAUGAUGAUGAUGGCGCCAGCACCACAGAUGAAGCAGGUGCCGAGCCUUCUGAGACAGACGCCGACGCGGAAAGCGAGACAUCUGGCCCUGAUGUUACUUCUGAUGGUUCGGGAUCUGGAGCUGGUCCCAGCACUGAUGAAGAUGGACAGACCAUCACCGACGCAUCUGGUGGAAACCCUACUGCUGGCAUCCCAGCAGACAAUAGCUUGACCACUGACGCUCCUGAUGGUGCAUUGGUAACCAUCACCGUCUUCAGAGCAGGCCGUGGCCCAGCCCGAACAACACUCUACGUCCCUCCCCAAGCAUCCAACGAUCCAUGGACAGCCGUCAUCGAGACGCCAGUUUCAGAGACUCAAUCCGAAGCUGCAACUGCUCGCGGAGACGACGAUGUUCUUGCUACCACAUCUGCUAUCGGCGGUAACACCAAUGUCACUAUCUUUAGAGCUGGAUCCAGCCCUGCAAGAAGGACUCUUUAUGUACCCCCCAGAUUUGCCAAUGAGCCUGGCACCAUUGUUAUUGAGACGCCAACUGGGACAGAAUUGCCAGCUACUGCAACUGCUGCGGAAACUGGUCUUGAAACCGCUGGUGUUAGGCCGAACAUCACGGUUUAUAGCUCUGGUACUGCUUCCAGCAGAAUUACUAUCUAUGUGCCUCCUACUGCGUCAGAUGGAGAUGGGUAUAUCAUUAUUGAGACUCCUGUCUCUGAAGCUGAUACUGAUGCUACUGAGAGUGCUGAAGAUGGCAGUGGUCCUACAGCUGGAACCCCAGCUGGUAUUGCCAAUGUCACGGUUUACAGCUCCGGUACUGCGUCAGAGAGGAGGACUAUAUACAUCCCUCCCACCGCCUCUGGCGAGGCUGGCACAAUCAUCAUCGAGACUCCGGUCUCCGAACCUGAUGAAGGAGAGACGGGAGGUAGUGACGGCGGGAGCCAGACUACCGGCCUUGAACCUGGUGUCAGACCCAAUGUGACGGUCUACAGUUCAGGCACUGCCUCAGAAAGAAUCACUCUGUAUAUCCCACCUACAGCAUCAGGUGAGGCUGGAACCAUUAUCAUCCAGACACCAGUCUCUGACGAAGAUUCUAAUACUAUAACUGGAGGUCCUGGAGAUGAGAGCGGAAGCACUGCCACUUCUGAUGACACAACCGCUGUGACUAUCUAUACUGAGGCAACUGGAUCUAUUGGAAACACUAGAUACAUCUCACCAACCGCUUCUGGAGAGCUCGGCACUUACAUCAUUGAGACGCUUGCCUCGGAAGCCGAUGAGGAGACUGCCUCCGAUGAUUCAGCUGAAGCUACAGGCCCUGAAGCUUCCAUCACACCAGUUCCCACUGAUGAGGUCUCACAAGGUGGCAGUGGAAAUGUUACUCUCUACCGAGCUGGAGAAGGCUCAGAGAGAAGUACCAUCUUCAUCCCGCCAGAAACUACCGGUGAUCCAUGGACUAUUGUGAUUGAGACACCAAUCUCACAGACCGAAUUGGUAGAAACAGGAACAGUUCCAGGUUUCCAGACAACUGUCUCCGCUAUCACCGGAAGCGCCAACUUGACUAUCUUCAGAGCCGGUGUCGCAUCGACAAGAACGACACUCUACGUAGCUCCCAAGACACCCGGGGCUCCAGGAACUGUCAUCAUCGAGACACCUGUUCCAAGAACGCAGACCGGUGGUCUUACAGCCAAUCCUGAAGCACAACCAACCCUUGGUGCUGGAUCAAACACUACGAUCUUUGUUCCAGGUACUGGUCCGGGACGAACGACUUACUACGUUCCGCCGUCAGAUCCUAAUGACCCUGGUACUGUUUAUGUUGAGACUCCUGUAUCUGGUGCGGAGACGGAAGAGCCCACUGAUGGUCCUUCAGCUACUGGAGAUGGUGAGGAUACUAUCGUAGCUGCAACAACAGUCACCAUUUUUAGUGGUGGGCCUGGAUCUGUCACGCGCACAGUCUAUGUCCCACCUACUGCCUCAGGAGAAGCAGGCACAUUAUACAUCGAGACGCCAACUGGGUCUGAAGCCACUGCCUCUGGUGAAGAAAUCAUCUCAACAACAAGAACUGUCACUGUAUACACUGGGGUUCCAGGCUCAGUUACGAGGACGGUUUACGUGCCUCCUACAGCGAUUGGUGAGCCAGGUACUUUGUUCAUUGAGACACCUGUCGAUGGCACCCAGGCUACAGUCACAGAUGAUGAGGAUGCCAUCUCUGCCGCAACGACUGUCACCAUCUUUAGUGGUGUACCUGGCUCCGUUACGAGAAGUGUGUAUGUCCCUCCCACUGCUUCAGGCGAGGCGGGCACUAUGUACAUCGAGACUCCUACAGAUGGAGCCGAAGCAACUGUAAGUGGUGACGAAGAUGCCAUAUCUGCUGCGACUACUGUCACCAUCUUCAGUGGCGGUCCUGCUUCAGUCACAAGGACUGUGUAUAUCCCGCCUACAGCUGCUGGAGAGGCGGGUACGCUCAUCAUUGAGACACCGACAGGAGAGGCUGCAUCUACCGCUACUGGCGACGGGGAAGAAGUUAUCUCUGCUGCAACAACAGUGACUAUCUUCAGUGGUGGCCCUGCAUCAGUAACCAGAACAGUGUAUAUCCCACCCACAGCAUCCGGAGAAGCAGGAACCCUCAUCAUCGAGACCCCUAUGGAUGGCCCUGAAGCUAGUCCGACGGGUAAUGGCAGCGCAGAGGAGACUGAAGAUUCUACUGAGACAGGUGCUCCCACUGCAGCAGAAGAGGAAGCUAUCUCGGCGGCGACUACAGUAACUAUCUUCAGUGGAGGUCCUGCGGCAGUCACGAGAACUACUUACAUUCCUCCAACAGCAUCUGGCGAGGCCGGAACUCUCGUGAUCGUGACUCCAACUGGUGGACCGGAUGCUGAUCCAACCAGCACUGCUAUUGAAGAGUCUGAGACAGACUCUGUAACUGAUGCAGAGGAGAUCACGGCGAGAACUACCGUCACCAUCUUCAGCGGCGGUUCAGGCUCUGCAACUCGAACUAUCUACAUCCCUCCUACCGCCUCAGACGAAGCUGGUACACUCAUCGUGGAGACACCCACGUCUGAUCCAGAUGGCAAUGAUGACUCCAGCAUUACUGGCACAGGUGCUAGUGGCCCAACCGCAAUCAUCACCCCUGAAGCCCCAGGCAACGUUACUAUCUAUAGCGGCGGACCUGCUUUCUCAACAACCACUCGUUUCAUCCCUCCUACUGCAUCAGGAGAGCCCGGUACUGUGGUCAUUGAGACACCAACAGCUGGGCCUCAGGCUACAGGUAUUGGAAAUGUUACUAUCGUUACUGGUGGUCCUGCUACAGUCACUCAAACUCGGUAUAUCCCUGCCACCGUGACCGAUGAGCCUGGAACUAUUGUUAUCGAAACACCGACUUCUCAAGUUGAUGAAGAAGGAGGUCCAGGAAACACAACUAUCUAUAGUGCGGUAUCUGCUACUGGUACUCGCACUAUCUACAUUCCACCCACGGUAUCUGGCGAGCCUGGAACCGUUAUCAUUGAGACACCUGCUGUGAGAGCAGUGACUGUCUACACAGAUGGCCCUGCAUCAACCACUCGAACGCUCACUAUUCCGGGAACUGCCUCAGGCGAUCUUGAUACAAUUCUCAUCGAGACUCCUACUUCAAGUUCAGGCUCUGGGCCUGCCAACGUCACUGUUUACACCGGAGUAUCUGCCACUUUCGCCACUACUCGUUUCGUUCCUGGUACAGCUUCAGAUGAGCCUGGAACGUUCAUUGUUGAAACGCCAAUUGGCAGCCCGACUUACGUGACAGUCUACAGUGGUGGACCAGGUACAGCUGUUACAACGAUCUAUCUGACACCAAGUGAAUCUGGUGAUUCUACCACUAUGAUCAUCCAGACUCCGACUCAGGGACCUGGCGAAGAGUCUGCAACGGACAGCGAUGAGAGCGUCACCGCUUCCGAAACUGGUAGCCAGAUCGCUACGCCUUCUUCCGCUGGCAAUGUCACCAUCUACAGUGGAGGUCCAGGUACAGUUCGACAGACCAUCUACAUCCCACCUACCGCCUCUGGAGAGCAAGGCACUGUUAUCAUUGAAACGCCAACUUCAGUACUGGAUGUUGAAGCAUCUGAAACAAUUGCUCCGUCGGGUAUUCGCAACGUCACCAUUGUCAGCGGUGGUCCUGGCACAGCUACGAGAACUAUCUAUAUCCCACCAACGGCAUCGGGAGAAGUAGGAACAGUUCUUAUUGAGACACCGACUGGCUCUGAUGAUGAUAACUCAGCCACUGAAACUUCAGAAGAGGCUGAAGCUACGACGAUUGCUCCUACAGUAUCAGGAGGCAAUGUCACCAUCAUUAGCGGAGGCCCAGCCAGUGUUACAAGAACAGUUUAUAUCCCACCAACUGCAUCUGGCGAGCCUGGAACAGUCAUCAUUGAGACUCCCACUGGUGGCGAGGAAAGUGAAGCACCUGAGACUGGAACAAUCACGGAGGCUCCAGGCAGCUCGGCGACUCGUCGUGGUAACGUCACUAUCUACACCCAAGCUCCCGGAACAGCUGGCGGAACAUUCUACUUCCCACCUGAUGACCCAGAAGAGUCAGGUACUGUCAUCAUUGAGACACUACCUGGUGAUGUUGAAGAGACCAGCGCCGAAUCCGAAGGCCCAGUCACUGAAACUGCCGGUGGCCGAGUCAAUACCACGAUCUUCAGCGGCGGCCCAGUAACUGCGCCUAGAACAUUAUACAUAUCAGCGACAAUUUCUGGGGAACCGGAUACCGUGCUUGUUGAGACACCAACCACAGGCCCAGAAGCAGAGGCUUCAGAGUCAGCGACUGGCCAACGAUACACGACCAUCUUUGGUGGAGGGUUUGGAACAGCUACAAGGACUAUCACCAUUCCUGCUACUGUAUCUGGUGAGCUGGAUACUGUUCUGAUCGAGACGCCCACUGGCGGUGCUCCCGAAGUCACAAUCACCAGAGGGGGACCUGUCUCAGUCGCCACGACUAUCACUAUCCCUGGUGCGCCUGGUGAACCUGAUACCGUUCUUAUCGAAUCACCAACCGAAUCUGGCGAUGCUGAGGUAUCGGAGAGUGCUAACGGCCCAGGCCAAGUGACUUCGACUCGUGGUGGACCAGUUACGGCUGCGACGACGAUCACAAUUCCGGGUCAAUCAGGCCAGCCAGAUACUGUUAUUAUUGAAACACCAACUGUUGGUGCGCCCGGUGUUACCAUCACGAGGGGAGGACCUGUUUCAGUCGCCACGACUGUAACAAUCCCCGGUGCACCUGGCGAGCCAGACACGGUUCUUGUCGAGACACCAAUUGGGUCUGCCGAUGGGGAGCCAUCAGUGACUGGAAGCGAUGCAGGUGAAGUAACUUCUACUCGUGGUGGACCAGUUACGGCCGCAACGACGAUCACCAUCCCAGGUAUAUCAGGCCAGCCAGAUACGGUUAUCGUUGAAACACCUACAACCGCCUCUGAUGGUGAGGAAUCUUCGGCGACUGGAGACGGUCCAGUUGAAGUGACAUCUACUCGAGGAGGACCGGUAACAGCUGCAACUACUAUCACUAUUCCUGGCGAGUCAGGGCAGCCAGACACCGUUAUUAUUGAAACGCCGACAACAUCCUCCGAUACUGAAACAACAGAAACCGGAGGCAGCCCGGGAGAGGUAACUUCAACAAGAGGAGGACCUGUAACAGCAGCGACUACCAUCACCAUCCCUGGUGAAUCGGGUGGGCCAGACACGGUCAUCGUUGAGACUCCAACGAGGUCAAAUGAACCUCCUGCAACUGGUGGUGUUCAAGCAGUCACUUCAACAAGAGGUGGGCCUGUGACAGCAGCAACUACUAUAACCAUUCCUGGCGAGUCAGGUCAGCCUGACACGGUUAUAGUUGAGACACCUCGAUCGUCUGAUGAGGUUGAGCCAUCUGCAACUGAAGAUAGCCAAGAUGAGAUUACCAUCACUCGGGGCGGGCCUGUGACUGCUGCCACUACCGUUACUAUCCCUGGAGUAUCUGGUGGCCCGGAUACUGUUUUCAUUGAGACACCAACAAGGUCGAAUGAGCCUUCAGUGACUGGCGGAUUGCAAGCGAUUACUUCUACUCGAGGUGGACCUGUGACAGCUGCUACAACUAUUACAAUCCCAGGGGAAUCAGGUCAGCCGGAUACCGUUAUUGUUGAGACACCUCGAUCGUCUGACGAGAUCGUGCCAUCUGCAACUGAGGGUCAAGAUCCGGUCACUAUCACUCGCGGUGGACCUGUAACUGCUGCAACGACAGUGACUAUUCCCGGAGUGUCUGGUGGGCCAGAUACUGUCUAUAUUGAGACGCCCACUCGGUCCUCUGCAGGAACUGCGGUUGUUGAAGAGGUUACUAUUACCCGAGGAGGUCCUGUAACAGCCGCCACUACAGUCACUAUCCCCGGAGUAUCUGGAGGGCCGGAUACUGUGUUUAUUGAAACACCCACGCAGUCUUCAGAUGGACCUACAGAAACCGGUGUGCCGGAAGUCACAAUCACUCGGGGUGGCCCUGUGACGGCCCCUAUUACAGUUACCGUCCCUGGAGUAUCCGGCGGUCCUGAUACUGUUUACAUUGAGGUACCUACAGAGUCUGUUGGAACCGGAGCUGUUCAGGAGGUUACUAUUACGCGAGGUGGCCCUGUAACAGCUGCCACAACGGUCACCAUUCCUGGCGGAGCGGGAGAGCCAGAUACUGUUUAUAUCGAGACGCCUACCGAGUCCGUUGACGGGGGUAGUGAAACGCCGGUAACUGGAGCCGUUCAAGAAGUCACUAUUACGAGAGGCGGUCCGGUCACAGCGGCAACCACAGUCACAAUCCCUGGUGUUUCUGGAGGACCAGACACGGUCUAUAUUGAGAUACCCACGGAAUCCGCAACUGGAGGUACGGAGCCGCCAGUGACUGGAGCUGUUCAGGAAGUUACUAUCACAAGUGGAGGUCCCGUCACAGAGGCAAUAACGAUUACUAUUCCCGGAGCUUCUGGCGAGCCAGAUACUGUUCUGGUUGAAGUUCCGAUUGAGUCUGCUGAACAAUCCUCGGCAACAGGCUCUGUACGCGAAGUCACUAUUACAAGAGGUGGUCCAGUUACAGCUGCGGCAACACUCACGAUUCCCGGCGAAUCUGGUGGACCUGACACUGUACUGAUUGAGACCCCAACUGGCUCUUCUGGCGAUGACAAUGAGCCUUCUACAACUGGCUCUGUACGCGAAGUCACUAUUACACGAGGAGGACCCGUCACGGCUGCGACAACACUCACUAUUCCUGGUGAGUCCGGAGGACCAGAUACUGUACUGGUCGAGACCCCGAUGAGCUCAUCUGAUGAAGACGGUUCUACCCAAGGAGAAGUUACAAUUACUCGUGGCAGUCCAGUCACUGCUGCUACAACCCUCACCAUACCUGGAGCUUCGGGUCAGCCAGAUACUGUUGUCGUCGAAACCCCAACUGAGUCUGGCAGAGAGUCAUCAGAAACUGAUGGUGGUCAAGAAGAAGUUACUGUUACCCGGGGUGGUCCUGUCACAGCUGCAACUACAAUCACCUUGCCCGGUGUAUCAGGCGGGCCAGAUACAGUUAUCAUCGAAACUCCGACCGAGUCUGCCAUUGAGCCCUCGGAGACUGAUGACCGUCAGGAAGAGGUCACCAUUACCCAAGGUGGCCCUGUUACAGCUGCGACAACGAUCACUGUUCCAGGCUUAUCAGGAGAACCAGACACUGUCAUCAUCGAGACUCCUACUGGUGCUUUUGAGACUCCCAACAAUGCUCUCGCUAAUGUCACUGUCUACAGUGGCGGCCCUGUCUCAGUUACCCGUACCAUCUAUUUUCCACCCGACACAUCUGGCCAGGCUGGCACUAUUGUUAUCGAGACACCAGAUGGCUCUAGUCCCACGGAAACUGCUCGUGAACCUGGAAACGUCACUAUUUACACUGGUGUCGCUGGUACAGCUACAAGAACCGUCUUCAUACCUGCUACAGCUUCCGGAGAGCCAGGAACAGUACUCAUCGAAACGCCAACAGGUUCUUUUGUUGGUGAGGAGACGACAGGAAGUCUUGUUGCAACAGCGACAGGACCUCUUACUACCUCUGAGGACAGGCCCAACACUACAAUCUUCAGCGGUGGAUCUGGUUCAUCGACAAGGACGGUCUACUUCCCACCAGCUUCUGAUGACCCCGAUGGCCCUGGAACCGUUGUCAUCGAGACACCAACCUCUGGUUCUGAAGAGGAAGAUCCCGAAGCAACAAGCAGUGUCAUUUCUACUGGAGGACCGGCUUACAUCACACGUAUCGUUGGAGGUCCUGCUUCGGUCACCACUACUAUCUACAUCCCACCAACUGCCUCUGGUGAGCCGGGUGUUGUGAUCAUUGAGACGCCAACAUCAGGCCCCGAAGAUGAGACAACGGCCAGUGAGAGUGCUGCAAACACAGCUUUCCCAGUGGGCAGACAAAACGUCACUCUCUACAGCGGCGGUCCAGGUACGGCUGUAACAACAAUCUACUACCCGCCUGCAUCAAGCGAACCUGAUGAGCCUGGUACGGUGGUAAUCCAGACCCCAACAGCUGGUCCCUGGGAGGAAACACCAUCGGCUUCUGCAAGCGAAGCUGCUACGCCAAUCCAGAACAUUACUCGCAUCGUGGGAGGACCUGCUUCUGUCACAACGACGAUCUACAUCCCUCCUACGGCAUCGGGCGAACCUGGAGUGGUCAUCAUUGAGACGCCUACAACUGGCCCUGAUGACGAAGAAACAUCUUCAGCGUCUAUUACCGCAACCUCCAGCGACGAGGAAGCAACUGGUAUCCCCAAUGUCACUCGCUAUGUUGGCGGUCCUGCUUCUAUCACAACAACCAUUUACAUCCCACCAGCAUCAUCUGGUGAACCUGGAACAGUCCUCAUUCAAACACCUUCCGCCGCGCCUGAUGAUACCACGACAUCUACGGCAUUAGCUGAGUCGCCAAGCGGCGUUCCAAAUGUUACUCGAUAUAUCGAUGGUCCAGCUUCAGUUACGACAACAUACACAAUACCCCCUGCCUCGUCUGGAGAGCCAGGAACAGUGGUUAUCCAGACGCCUUCUGCCAGUCCUGGCGAGAGCGAGGUUUCCGCUUCAGCAACUGAGAUUCCAAACGUCACCAGAUACAUCGGUGGCCCAGCUUCAGUCACUACGACCUAUACCAUUCCUCCAGCCUCACCCGGAGAGCCAGGUACUGUUGUUAUUCAAACCCCAACUGCCAGUCCUGAAGAAAGUGCUACGUCUUCCCCAUCAGCUGAAGCGCCAACUGAAAUCCCAAAUGUCACUCGUUACGUCGGCGGGCCAGCGUCAGUUACUACGACCUAUACCCUCCCUCCAGCUUCAUCCGGAGAGCCGGGUACGGUGAUCAUUCAGACUCCAUCGGCUAGUCCGGCGGCAGAAACAACAUCUUCCCGCGAGGCCGUCACGAGUGCUGAGUCUCCAAGCGCAAUCCAGAACGUCACUCGCUUCGUCGGAGGCCCAGCAUCAGUUACUACAACAAUCUACAUUCCCCCUGCUGCAUCUGGUGAACCCGGCACAGUACUCAUCCAAACUCCUAGCUCUGCUCCAGAGGAGACUUCAUCCUCAGCAGCCGCAAGCACAACACGACUACCGGCAGUUGCACAGAACACAACCAUCUUCGGUGGUGGAGCAGGCUCAACCACAAGAACCAUCUAUAUCCCCCCUGCCUCGGAAGGCGAGCCAGGAACAGUCCUCAUCGAAACCCCAACUGAUAGCCCCGCAGCUUCAACCACUCCCACCAGCGACGCACCAGCAGGCAUUCCAACAACUUCCACUCCCAUCGUCGCUGGUACCAAUAUCACUAUCUUCAGAGCUGCUCCUCCCACAGCUACAGCUGGACGAACGUUGUACGAUCCACCGACUGCGGCUGGGGAGCCUGGCACAGUUAUUGUCGAGACAAUGGUUGUGUCUUCGACUUCUGGCUCAGCUGCGCCGUUGAGUAUGGAAGCUCCUGUUUUCACAACCCUGAGUGGUUCUUCAACAAGCUCUGCUGCUGGCGGUCCUUCAAGCACUACUAGUGCAGCAGCGGUUACUCCUACUACCACUUCUUCUGCUAUCGCUUCACCUCCAGCUACAUCCAGUAGCGCGGCAGCGGCAGCAGCAAGUUCAUCGAGCAGUGCUGCAGCUGCCGCGGCUUCAAGUUCUUCUUCUGCUGCUGCUGCUGCCAGUUCCUCCAGUAGUACAGCAGCGGCAGCAACUUCAUCAAGCAGUGCUGCUGCGGCCGCUGCUUCAAGUUCUUCUAGUGCUGCUGCUGCGGCGAGUUCGAGCUCUUCUUCUGUUGCAGCAGCCGUCAGUUCUACGAGUAGCGCAGCAGCUCCCGCAGCGACUUCAUCAAGCAGUGCUUCUGGGGCCGCUACGUCAAGUUCCUCAGCUGCUGCUGGCGCGGCCAGUUCCUCUAGUAGUGCUGCAGCUGCAGCUGCCUCAAGCUCGUCCAGUGCUGCUGCCGCAGCUGCAUCGUCAACAUCAAGCGCAGCUCCAGCACCAGUCACUACAAGCUCAACCAGUGUUGCAGCCCCAGUGGUCACCACCUCAAGCAGCGCAGCUGUUCCUGUUGUCGCCACUUCUUCCAGCAGUACAACCAGCACAAGCAUGAUGCCCCAGCUCGCAUUUGGCCCAACAUUCGACUGCGAUGGCUUCGGCUACACCGUCCAAAGUCUUCUCGCCAAUACCCUCACGCGCGUCAAUCUCGUCACUGGACAACGAACAGAUAUCAGAACAGGCAUUGGUCCCGGCGGUCCUAUCAACGGUAUCGGCUUCAAUAGGCUCGACAACUACAUCUACGGCUUCUACCAACAACCUUUGGUCAACGCCCUUCUUUGUGGUCUUCUGGGAUGUAAGCGAUCGGGACUUAUUCGUAUCGCUAAGGAUGGGCGAUGGGAGGUCCUUGAUCUUGUGAUCGGUACAAAUGCUAUCAGUAUGGGUGAUGUUGAUGAUCAAGGAAGGUUCUGGGUAUCCGAAGGUGGAGGUAAAUGGUGGUGCAUUGAUUUGAGACCGACUAGCAACACUUUCGGCCAGCUUCUGAGCUCUGGCACGUCAGCUACCAAUCUCCUUUCUGGCGUGGGUGACUGGGCAUAUGUCCCCGGUGGAGGCAACUAUCUCUACGCCGUCCAAGCAUCAGUCAUCGAGAGUGGCCUCCUCAGAACAAACAUCGUUCGAUGGUCAUUGACCACGCAAAAGUGGGAGCGAUUUCAAUCCUACCCCAACCUCAUCCUCACAACUCUCAAUCUCGUCUGGGGUGCCGUCAUGGCAGCACCGGACGGAACCCUCUUUGCUCAGGAGACAGUAUUGGGUCAAACGUGGAAGUUCACACUUGGAUCCACAGCAAAUCCUACGGCUAUACCAGGUGGUGCUAUUCUCAACUUGCUAGGAUCAGAUGGAGCCAGGUGCGCGGGUACUUUAGUUUCAUGAUUCGAUGGAUAAUGAAAGCGGCAAGAUUGCAACAAGGCCGCGGGUUGGACGCAUGUACUGUCAUUUUUCCUUUGUACUAGUCAAGCGGUCUGCUUCUUUUUUCUAUGUACUAGUUAGUGAUCACUACAUGAUCAACUAUUUCUUUUCUCCCA